AGGGCGCAUGCGCCGGAAGUUGCUGCCGCAGACAGCAGCAGUGAUUCGGGCAGCGCAGGGUAACGGGAGAAAAUCUGUCCGCUCUAAACCAUGGCUACGUUCUUCUGAACGAUGCCUUUCGCCGACUUCCACGAAGAUGUGAGGAGAAGUGCGUGUCCCAUGUUGCAUUAGUGUCUGUGUGAAAUGCUGGCCUGUCUGCCAGGGCCAGGUGACCUCCCCCUCCAGCUUCUCCCUCACACGCAGAUGAACACUGGACUUCUGAAAUGGGACACCAUACAAAGGAUGAGAUCUGCUCCGUUUCCAACCCCUGCAGAAUUGGAUGCAUACGCUAAGAAGGUUGCCAACAACCCCCUGACCAUCAAGAUUUUCCCCAACAGCAUCAAGGUCCCCCAGAGAAACCACGUGCGCCGUACCAUCAACGGGCUGGACACAUCGGGCCAGCGCUACAGCCCAUAUCCCUCCUCUCAGGCCGGCGCCAAGACUGGACUCCUCGCCAUCGUCAAGGUGCCCACAGUCAAAGGCAUCCUUAAAGAUUUUGACGGCAGCCGGGCUCGCUUGCAUCCUGAGGUCAUUAUGAACCUUCCUGCGGGAUCCUUUCAAGUGGCUUCAACCAGCACUUUAAACCACCACCCACCUCUGCCCAGCCUGCCACAGCACUGCUUACCGCUCCAGGACCUGCCUCAGACUUUACACAUGACCGUUCCUCAGCAGCAAGCUCAUUCCCAGAGUCUCAGACACCCUCCCCCGAUGGCCCAGCAUCCGCAGGGCCUACCUAGACUCCAGACUAUGCCUCAGCACCCAGCCCUUGGCCAACCUCAAGCGCCCCCUGCCGUCAUGCUUCAGCAGCAGCACCUUCAGCUGCAGCCUGGCUUGCAGGGGGGCAGGAAGUUGCCUGAUGGCGACGUACCACCCAACGUUACUGUCUCUACCUCAGCCAUUCCUCUCUCUAUGGCUGCCGGACCUCUCCUUGGCCGGCAGGCGGACCUGAGCACCAUUGUGCAUCAACUCAAUCAGUUCUGCCAAGCUCGGGCCCAGGGGGCAGGGGCCACCUCCAUGUGCGAGGGCCAGAUCGCCAACCCCAGCCCUAUCAGUCGCAAUUUGCUCAUCAGUGCAUGUUCCAGGGUGACUAUGCACAGUAACCCUGCCACACCGGGCUUCCCUCCACCCAACUGCAUUAUAGGUUCUCAAGAAAAAGCCGCUGCCCCAAUGGGAGCCCACCCUGCACUUAGUGUGGCUGCUAUGAACCAUUUGCCUUCCAGCCACACUGAUCUCAAGCAGCAGCAGAUGCAGCAGCAUCUUUACUCACAGCAGCAACACAACCCACAGCAGCAGAAGAUGCGCUCAUGGAAACAGCAGCAGUUGGCUCUAGCACCCCAGAUGCAGAACGGCGGGGUGCAUCUCCCCAAGCAGCCUUCCAGAGACCCAUCCUUUCAUUAUAAGGGCAUAGGCUACCCCGCAGAGGUGUGUGUGGGUCAGCCUUACUCAAUGAAACCUCCUGUGGAGAGGCCCACCCCCUCCCCUCCUGUCAACAACAUGCCCAGCUCUAUGACCCACUACACCAAUGGCCACUACUUCCAGUCGCAUGUUUGGAACAGCAGCAUCCUCCCCACACCCAACAGUGACAGCUCCGGGUCUCAGGACAUAACUAUGUCAUUCCAUGGCGCAGGCCCAGGAGGGUGUACCACACUAGACUGUGGGCCCCCUGGGGCUCCCCAUUACAGGCUUGGAACGAGCUCCUUCACCCCCUCCUCCACCCAGGCUAAUCUGAUGCAAACUGCAGAUUACUUGGGUGGGGACUUCCAGACACCCUACUUCCGCGAUCAGAAUCUAGGGUUAAUGGGCAAGAUGCACAGGCCUGCUCUGAGCAGGGUGGGUCCAGAGGUUGGGGAUGGCAGAACCGCUCUCCUCCAGCAUCCAGGGUACAGAUAAGCUAUGGCCUUGUCUCUGUUUCCAACCCCUUUGUUUUGGUUUAGUUUUAUGAAAGGAAACACAUCAACACAACCCUAGUGAUACCUUAAAGGACAACUAGUAUUGAGGAGGUAAAAUAAUAUAUUAAAUGCAGAAAGGUAGUAUUUGUCCCCCUCUUUUUUUCCAUCUUGCAAGUGAUCAAUUACCAUAUUGAGUGCUUCUACCUAUAACUUGAGGUAACUUUUGUGUAAACAUAUGUACUGCGCCCUGCUUUGUCCUCCGUCAUAGUUUUGUGUGCCUGGAUCUUAACAGAUGUUUUAUUUCUGCAGCAGAUGUGGCAGUAAAUGUUUUCAUGCACGUUAAGAAGGAAAACCAUCCCUCGCUGAUGAGCUGCAACACCAACCGUGGGAUAGACUUCCUCUGUCACUUUGUAUUUUCUUUUUUUGAGCAGGACCAUGUCCAAGCUUUAUGGCUACGACUAGUUUUACUUGACUACACUUUGGGGGUAACGCUAAGAUAAAAAAAAAAGAAAACAAUCUCUGCAGGACGGAAACGCAGGAACUGGUCUUGUUUUAGAACAAAGACGGUGUGCACAUCUCAACAGAAGUUUUAUUCUGUUACCAGUUAUUUAUUUGUAUAAUAGGAAUACUAAAGAAUAACUCUGUCACUACGGGAAGCAUGUAAUCAGGUUCUUUUUGUACAUUGCAAUGUUCCAGCGAUGAGCGGCUGUGUAGAAAAGCCGACGCUCUGUCCUGCUCGAAAUGCUGCAAUGAAAUCAGGUGUCGACGUUCUGAAAUCAUAUUAACUCUCCUACCUUAAAAUGGCCAAAGUCAGGUUCCACGAGGACAAACCAGGAUGAAGCUGUGCCAUUUUAUAUCUGAUUGCUUUUGUGUCAAAUGUAUUACUUGAAUGUUGAGUCUGUUUUGAAGGUAUUUAAAGGGACUUGUUGGUAAGGAAACGAAGAAAUGAGUGAAGUUUGAAUCCUGACCACAUGGGGGGCGGGGGGGGGGGGGGGGGUUGUAUUUGCUACUGACUCUAAUGAAUCAAAUUGAUCACUUGCAAGAUUUCCUGGAAGUAAAGAAAAAAGACUUUUUGAGUUCAAAGUGAAACAGCAAAUGCAUUGUUUUCUUCUGUUGUACACUGGCUUACCUACUAGACUACUGUAAUUUUAAAGGUUGAUGAUUGUGUGUGAAUGUGUGCGGCUGCAUUUCAGGGUGGGAGUGCGAGUGUUUGUGUGUAAAGUAACACAAUGACACCUUUGUUUUUCUUCACUGAACUCCCUAACAGCCCUUAAAAAAGCCUUAAGUGUUCAGUCCUUGGACUUUCCUAAGAAAAUGAGCAUGGUUUUAAUUUAAAAAAAAUCCAAAUAAGACUGGAUGCGAUAAGCAGAAACUGCAGUUGUUUUUGUUGUUGUAGGGGGGGGGGGGGCUUAGUUUGUUUAUCUGUUUGUUUCAUGAAAAACAAAUUUAUUUGAGAUUCUUUAUAAAUUAAAGCAAGAGGAAUAUUUUGUAAUUAAGGUUUUAGCACUGCAUAGUUUCAGAGCUGUAUGUUUUUUUCCCCUUUUCAAAGCUUCAGUUCGCAGUUGUAACUAUGAUACUUGAUCUGCUUGAUAUUUAAUUAUUUUUCCUUUUUUCUUGUACUUUUGCUGUGAAAAUGGAAGACAGUUCACAAGCCUUUUUGUGUUAUUCUGUACGACAGAUGAGGGGCAAGAGAGUGAGAGUUGUGUUACUCUUUUUGUAAUAUUGUAAUAAUAAAAUAAAGUUCUAAUUUAUGCUUUGA